AUGGAGAGCCACAUUAACACACUGAGAGCCCAGAUGGACCGACUCCUUACCCUGCAGGAGGUGGCCUUGAGCCAGCUGGAUGCGAUCACGUGCACCAGCUGGGAAGACAUAGAGCGGCUGCUGAGCAGAAUGUGCGUUGCCAUGGAGAGCACCACUCUGGAGCAGACUGAGCAGCAGGCUGGCAGCUCCUUUUCUGCAGAGCUUAAACACUUCCAAACACAUGGGCCCUUCAAAAGCCCAGCUAUGUGCAUUGAUGAGAGGCUGAAAGGGAAGCAUGGUGCAGAGAAGCCAAAUGUUUGCUUGGAGGGGCUCAAAUCUCAGAAGAAAUGUCAACUUCCAGAUGAAGCAGAUCCACCCCAGGCUGAGAAGCUCCACCAGCAGAACACUCAGCUUGCCCAAGGUAACAGUGAGCCUACCAGUGAGCUUCUGGCCUUUUUCCAACAUGAAGAAAAACUACAGGAAAGACGGAAAGAAGAGCUGCAGGCAGCGGAGGAAAAAGAGGAGAGAGUGAAAGACGCAGAUGUUCUUGCUGCCUCCGAAUUGGUAGAGGGAGGAACAGAGUGGAGGGAGAUUAACAAGCAUGAAGAGAAGGAGGUGACAGGGAAAGAAGAGGACUCAAGUUUGCCAGACGUGCUUCCUCUGUUCCUCCCACCAUGCAAAAUUACUGGAAGCUGCACAUGCUGCCAGGAAAGCUCUGAUGGUACUGUAAGGCAAGUCAUAGGUGAAAAUCUACAGAAAGACAACCUCACAAGCCAAGUGGAGGGCAGGCCAGAGGAAGCGGAGGAGAGUGAGGAAGAAGGGAAACCAGAACUAGAAGAAGAGGAGGGGAGGAAAGAAGGCAAGCCAAUGGCUGAAGAAUAUAUCAUCGAUUGCUCACUUCCUCCUCCAGCACCAUUUGAGCACCGCGUGAUAACCCCAAAAACACACCGCAUAGCUGCUUACUACACCAUCAACAGAGAAGAAGUGCUUGGAGGUGGGCGCUUUGGAAUGGUGCAUAAGUGUGUGGAGAGGUCUUCGGGGCUCACGUUGGCAGCUAAGAUCAUCAAGGUUAGGAGUCAGAAAGAGAAGGAGGUGGUAAGGAGUGAGAUUGAGGUUAUGAACCAGCUGAACCAUGCUAACCUGAUCCAGCUCUACGCAGCUUAUGAGUCUCGCUAUGAUAUUACUCUCAUUAUGGAGUAUGUUGAGGGAGGGGAACUGUUUGAUCGCAUCAUUGACGAGAACUACAAGCUGACUGAGUUGGACACAGUGCUGUUCAUUAGGCAGAUCACUGAAGGUCUUGAGUAUAUGCACAAGAUGUAUAUACUGCACCUGGACCUGAAGCCAGAAAAUAUACUUUGUGUGAGUCGAGAAACGAAUAAAAUCAAGAUCAUUGACUUUGGACUGGCAAGAAGAUAUAAACCCAGAGAGAAGCUAAGAGUGAACUUUGGCACACCUGAAUUCCUGGCUCCUGAGGUGAUCAACUAUGAAUUUGUUUCCUUCCCAACAGACAUGUGGAGCUUAGGAGUCAUUACCUACAUGCUACUAAGUGGUCUCUCCCCUUUCCUGGGAGAUGAUGAUAACGAGACACUGAAUAACAUACUGGCAUGUCAGUGGACCUUUGAGGGAGCAGAGUUUUCUGACAUCUCUGAUGAGGCCAAAGACUUCAUCCAACGCCUACUUGUUAAGAGCAAGAGCUGGAGAAUGAGUGCGUCUCAGUCACUGAAACAUCCCUGGCUGUCAAACCCUUCACUUCACUACCGUCUACAUCAGAAAAAGAAUAAGUGCCACUCCAGACAUGCUCCUCCGCCAGAGAGCUAAACAGAUACAUUUUGCCUACCUGGAGGCAUGAUGGCAAACUGGACCAAUGAUGCUAUACCUGAAUGUCCAC